UAGUGAUUAUCACCAUUAAUACUAUUAUCAUCCUGCCCGAGGUUUUCGUUCACGCAGAUCCUCCUCAAGAUCCCGUUAACUGUCCUUCAAACCACAAUUGCACCGUGACCAACGCCUACGGAACAUUCCCCGACAGAACAAUCUGUCGGGCUGCUGACGUGGCAUACCCUACAACCGAGGAAGAGCUAGUCUCGGUUGUGGCAGAAGCUUCUAAGAAUGGUCGCAAGAUGAGAGUUGUGACACCAACUUCGCACAGCAUACCGAAGUUGGCGUGUCCCGAUGAUGGGGAUGGAGGGCUUUUGAUUAGUACGAGGUUUCUAAAUAAGAUAAUUGAGGUGGACCGAAAUAGAAUGAUUUUGACAGCGGAGAGUGGGGUAAGGCUAAAAGAGUUGAUAAGUGAGGCAGCUAGGUUUGGACUUGCGUUGCCUUAUAGUCCUUAUUGGUUGGGGGUCACGGUUGGUGGGAUGUUGGGGACCGGUGCACACGGAAGCUCGCUAUGGGGUCGAGGGGGUGCGGUUCAUGACCAUGUUGUCGGUCUUCGUAUUGUAACCACGGCUGGACCGGGAGAAGGGUUUGCGAAGGUCCGAAAUCUUGUGUCGAACGCGGAUGAUAGUGAUAAUAAUAGUGCAAAUGGUUUUGAUGCGGCUAGAACUUCUAUAGGUGUUCUUGGAGUUAUUUCACAGGUAACAUUUCAACUGCAACCAAUGUUCAAAAGGUCAAUAACCUACCAAAUGAAGGAUGACAAAGACUUAGGGCAACAAAUUGUCAAUUUUGGACAUCAACACGAGUUUGCAGAUCUAACAUGGCUUCCCGCUCAACGAAAGGUUGUGUAUCGCCUUGAUGAUAGAGUCUCCUCUAAUGUCUCGGGCAAUGGACUUUACAAUUACAUCGCUCUUCGCCCCACUCCUUCGGCCUUAAUUGCCUCCAUCAGAAUUUCAGAGGAAAUUCAAGAGUCGUUGGGAGAUGCCAAUGGGAAAUGCUUGGAAGGGAAAGCUUCUACCUCAGCUCUCUUCCUUGGUGCCUAUGGUUUGACUAAUGAUGGCAUUCUUAUGAAGGGUUAUCCAGUAAUAGGUUAUCAAAACCGGAUGCAGGCGUCUGGUGGCUGCCUAGACGAACCUGGCGAUUUUAAGUUGACGACUUGCCCAUGGGAUCCUCGUAUAAAGGGGUUGUUCUUCUUCGAUCUUGGAAUUAGCAUUGGCAUGUCCAAAGUAAAAGACUUCAUUCAUGACAUCCAAAACCUAGUGGAGCUCGAGCCUAAGGCCCUUUGUGUCCUAGAGCUCUACAAUGGCAUCCUCAUGCGCUACGUCAAAGCUUCGACCUCUUACCUAGGAAAAGACGAGGAUGGAGUCGAAUUCGACAUAAUUUUUUAUAGGAGCAAGGACCCGAAGACACCUAGGCUGUUUGAGGAUGUGUUGGAAGAGGUUGAACAAAUGGCACUAUUCAAGUAUGGGGGAAUGCCACAUUGGGGAAAGAACCGACCCAUCGCAUUCAUUGAUGUCAUUAGCAAGUAUAAGAAUGCAUCUGCGUUCUUGGCCGUCAAGCAAGAGUGGGAUCCAUUAGGGCUUUUCUCUAACGAGUGGACAGACCGAGUGUUGAAGGGAGGCGAUCAUGUGUCGAUAGUUAGUGAAGGUUGUGCCCUAGAAGGGUUGUGUAUAUGUUCCGAGGAUAUUCAUUGCGCUCCUAAGUCGGGGUACUAUUGUCGUCCCGGAAGGAUCUACAAGGAGGCUAGGGUUUGCCGUAAAAUAUAGGUAUAAAUUAUAUG